AUGAUUGAAGAUGAUGGAAAGCCGUCCUUACCGACACCUCCAUAUUACGAUUACCAUGAUAAAUUGAGCAAGAAACAGAUUGAGAUGGAGGAAUGGGGGAUGCGGUGCCUAUUUAAGUUCAAGAAAUAUGUGAUCUUAUAUGCUGUUCUUCUCAUCUUGUUUGGUACGAGUUUGGUGGUCUAUACUGUGUAUUAUAAACUCGAUAUGUUUACUACUCAUCCCCUUUAUUGUAUACUCUCAGUACUCAUUGUGUUCAUCAUGAGCAUCCGCCUCGCUGUCCCAAUACCUUCAUCCUUUUCUCAAGAGAACUACAUCCCCGAUUGUUCCGAAGAGGAAAAAGAAGACGCAAAGCGUCGAGCAUCGCUUGCUCAGAAAUAUGGCAAGAAAUUGAUUGAGACGAUUUACAGCGCAAGGUAUUGUGUGUAUUGUAACGCUUUCAUGCCACCACGUACAUAUCACUGUAUGUUAUGUAAGAAGUGUAUUGAUUGUCGUGAUCACCAUUGUUCCUGGUUAUGUACCUGUGUCGGUAAAAACAAUUUACGAUCGUUCUGGCAGCUCUUAGUGAGUAUCUUUUUACUCUCACUCAUCUCGUCGAUGAACAUUUUAAUUUUUUGGUAUCAAAUUCUUUUCAUUAAGAAUCCAUGGAACACGUUCUCGUUCUUCACAUUUGUUAUGUAUUAUAUUUACAUGAUGAUUACAUGCAUUUCUUGCUCUUUAUUCGCGUGUAUGGGGGCGAUGUUAUAUAUUCACACAAGAGAUUUGUUAUAUGGGAAAACAGGCGUAGAAAUAGGCGAGUCAAACACACGUGAACUCGCCGGUGAAAUCGUCCCACCACACAAAAUCAAGUUCCAAAAUUUGACCGCGGUGUUGGGGCCAAAUGUACUCUAUUGGUUCCUUCCAUUACCUUUCAAGCAAGUCAAUUAG